UCAAUCUCCAGACGACGGGGCGAAAUUCACACGUAUAUAUAAAGUGAGUUUCCGUGGCACGCGGAGGAUGCCGAACGCACAUCGAUAAUAGUCGCCGUGUCGAUAUCACUCGGCAAUGCGUCUGCUACUGCUGCUAUGACACCGUCGUCUGCACGUGAGCACGUUCGAUGGGGAUGCGCACGUGAGGAAAGCAGAGCGAUUUCUUCUUCUGACACCUGUGUCUGGAUUUAACACUGAUUAUGCAGGAUGAAUGGUUUGACGAAGUUUUUCUGUAGCAGCUUGGUGUUUCUCGGAGUACUCGAAGCGGCGAUCGGACGACGUCUCGGGGCUGUGCUCAGUAAGUGUGGCCGCUGCGACAAGUCGAGGUGUCCACAACUACACUACUGCGUCGCCGAAGUCGUCAAAGACCACUGCGGCUGCUGUGCCAUUUGCUCCACUGACAGCUACAGCGAAAUUUCCCCCCGCAAACGAAAACACGGAGCGUGUGAACAGGUGAAAUGUCCCAAAUUCAAAGUGUGUAUGGAGAACAUUCAGGGCCUUCCGCUCUGCACGUGCCCUAGUCCGUACAUUUGCCGGAAGCGGAACAAGCGCGAGGUUUGUGGGAACGAUGGGAACACCUACUCGUCGCGAUGCACCAUGCGAAUCGCUGCAUGCAACACAGGUAGACGCAUCAAACUGAAGCACAAGGGGCAGUGCGGGGGUCGAUCCCUGGCCAACGAGGUGAACACGAAGUGGAAGAGAAAGAAAAAACACAAAAAAGGAGUUAAGAACAAACUGAAACCGAAAGUAAAACACAAGGAGAAAGUAAAGAAAAGGUGGAAACGACGACACCGAAGACGUUUACAGAAAAACAAAAAACUUAGUCGAAAGAAGAGAAGGUAUAAGAACGGAAGUCUGCGGUUCUCAAAGGUGUUCGGACAUUACAAAUGGAAGAAGGAGCCGUAGGAUACACGAAGGGGGGAAAAAAGAGAGGCAACGCCUUGAAAACAUUUCUGUGAAUGGUAAUACUCUGCAUUUGAAUCCACACAAAAAAGGUUAUUUUGAGUCAAAGUGUACUUUUAAUUAUGUUUUUAACUUGGCGCCUAUUUUUUUUGGCAGCCAGUUCAAGAUACUAGAAAUCAUAAUUUGUAUACCAUGAAGGGUUGUAUCGGUUAUCUGCCCAUGUACCAAAAAAAUGACUCUCCAAGCCUAGUGUGAAGCAUGGGUUACAUUAUUAUGCCUCUAGAACGGAAGCAGUUAUGUUGUUGUUGUUUUUUAAUGGUGUCAUUUGCGUAGUAGAUGACUAGACUUGUGUUUUAAGACGGAGGGUAAAAUUACUCGUGACAUUGACCAUGCAGACUUCAAAACAUUUACUUGAGAAAUACUUUUGUUGUUUUUCUAAUAUAUGUUUAACGUUAAUGUCUGUACAUAUAUUUAUAGGUGAGGCCGGUGGGAUAUUUAGUGAAACGGUGAAUAAACAUUUUAGCAUUGGUUAAAACUUGAAAGAAGACAUUUCUAGCCUUUUAUGCAAUGCGAUUUCAAGCAAGAUACAAUGCGUUGUGGUUUUAGCAAUAAAAUGUCAAACUUGA